GGAAGAGGGUCGUCAUGUUUUGCAUCGUUUAGCUACAUUGUAGCGCAUCAUCAAUGCUGCAGCUCUGCUCUCUGUCACCAUGAACAGGACGCAGCCGAAGCGCUCCAGCAUCCUCAGAAUGGCCUUAUCCGGCUCAGAGACCACUGGAAACAACGCAGAGACCUUCCUAUACCGGGCUGUGAAGAUAGGAGCUGUGGUUGCACUCUACUGGUUCAUCUCCAUAACCAUGGUGUUCCUCAAUAACUACCUUCUGGACAACAGGGACCUGAACGCACCUCUGUUUGUCACCUUCUACCAGUGUGUGGUGACAGUGGUGCUCUGCUGGCUCAUGCAGAUGUUGUCCAGAUGUUGUCCUGGACUCAUUGACUUCCCUUUGGUGAAGUUCGACCUGAAGACGUCCAGGGAGGUGCUGCCUCUCUCCGUGGUGUUCAUCAGCAUGAUCACCUUCAAUAACCUGUGUCUGAAGUACGUCGGGGUGGCUUUCUACACCGUCGGCCGCUCGCUGAGCACCGUGUUCAACGUGAUGCUGUCCUACGUCAUCCUGAAGCAGACCACGUCACUGAGAGCCGUGCUGUGCUGUGGCAUCAUCCUAGGCGGAUUCUGGCUCGGUGUGGACCAGGAAGGCUUGGCAGGGUCCCUCUCCUGGACGGGGGUCUUUUUCGGCGUGGUGGCCAGCGCUUGUGUCUCUCUGAACGCCAUCUACACCAAGAAGGUGAUGCCAGCAGUGGACGGAAACAUCUGGAAACUGUCCUAUUACAACAACGUCAACGCCUGCGUCCUCUUCCUGCCGCUACUCCUGGUGUCCGGAGAGCUGAGCCACAUCGCCAGCAUCACCCGCCUCAGCGAUCUCGGGUUCUGGGGCAUGAUGACGCUCGGAGGGGUGUUCGGUUUCGCCAUCGGCUACGUCACGGGCCUGCAGAUCAAGUUUACCAGUCCGCUCACGCACAACGUGUCGGGGACAGCGAAGGCCUGCGUGCAGACCGUCAUCGCGGUGGUGUACAACUCCUCCAGUAAGAGCCUGCUGUGGUGGACCAGUAACAUGAUGGUCCUCUGCGGCUCGUCGGCCUACACCUGGGUCAAAAGUCGAGAAAUGAAGAAGGCUCCACACAGAGACAUUCAGGACUCCGCCAAGGAGAAACUGCUGCCGGGGGAGAAAGGCGACAGUGGAGUGUAACUAAAAACAACUUUUAUCAACGUGGUGUGAGAACUGCUGAUAAGCAAUUGAAGUGUUGGACACAUGGAAUUUAAUGAUUUUUUUGGGGUUUUAAUAGUCGUGUAGUUUUAUACAGCUUGACGUGAGGCGUGAAGGAUUUUGUAUAUAUAUUUUAUCCAAAGCUAGUCACAUGCAUUUGGGGCAUUUUUACAAUUGUUUCAUUUUGACUGAGAAAAUGAUAUAAUGUGACUGAUAUAGUCCAAAGUGUAGAAAAAGAAAAAUCAUGUUUUUAUCAUGUAUAUUUACUCAUAUUGGGGUAAAUGGAAUUGUCGCAAAAAUGCAUUUUUUUUGUUUUUUUACACCUGUUUUGAUUAUGAUUCUUAAAAUUGAAAUAGCAGUUUUUGUGAAACAUACAAGUGUAUGUGAAUAUCAUGUGAGAUGUUAUGGUAGCCUCUGGUUCCGACUGCUUUUUCGACUGUGAAAAGAGCCAGGACUAAAGGAUCUGUAAUAUCCUGCAGUACAGUAACCUAGGUAACCUAAUCUAGGUAAUUAAAACCUGACAUACGAUAGGUAUUUUUUCUCCAAAGAAAAAACUCCUCCUGCAUUAUCAACUGUGGCAGUUGGACACUUGUUCAUUAUUUUUCUACAGCACAUCAUGGUGUUUCUGAGCUGGUGUCAUUUUAAAUUGUAAACCCAGACCGUGGCAUCGGGUGUAUGAAAAUAUAUUUGCAUAUCUUUCCGUUGGUCACUGCACCAAAACUGAGACGUCUUUGUUUGCACGUCAUUCAACUUGUGGUGUUGCAUUCCAGGAACCUCCCUACGAGCCUGAAAAGAUGCCAUUGUCUGUCUGCAAAAGCAGCUUUUGAAAAUGUCUUUUAAACAAAGGAACUCCCUUAAAGGAAAACAUUAAAGGUGGUUUACAAUUCAACUGUUUCAAGUUUUCUUAUUCAUAAGGAAUCAUUGUGGAUUCAGGGUUAAACAAUUCAAUUAUUAUUAUUAUAUUUAAAGAUACAUUUAAAAGUUUUUUUUGGCAUUCUUGUCUAAUAAAAUAUGAAUACUUUACAUACAUAUUUUGGUAUGUAAUGCAUAUUUUUGUAUUGCAAUCCAAAGAGGAGUGUUACUAGUUUGAUAUUGAAAUGUGUUCAAUUAAAUGAUAAAUAAAAGUAUCAAAGCAAUAUGAAUAUUUAUAUUUAAAGACACAUUUAAAAGGGAUAUUUUGGCAUUCUCGUCUAAUAGAAUAUGAAUACUUUACAUACAUAUUUUGGUAUGUAAUGCAUAUUUUUGUAUUGCAAUCCAAAGAGGAGUUUUGC